AUGCGAAAAAAUUCAUGGAUUUUAUUGUCAAUUUGUGUGACGAUUACUGUAGUUUGGAUUCUUUUUGUGCGAUUUUGAAGGUGUGAAUUCUAAAGAGUUUUUGUAGGGAAAUCUGGAGAAAAAACCUUUUCAAAUUUUUCUGGAACCUUGGAAGUUUUGAAAAAGUGAAAAAAUAUAUUACAACGUUUUUCUGAAUCCUCAAGUUCAAGUUUCAAUUUUUGAGAGUCAGUCGAGUUCAAGAAAUCAUCAUUUUUGAAAACCACAACAUUUUUUGAAACAGUGGGAUUUUUGAAAUUUUCUAGUUGAAACAUUUCGAAAUAGUGAACUUUGUUUUGAAAACUGGACUUUUUUCUAUAAAAAAUCAAAACAAUCAGAACUUCAAAAAUUUCAUAAAAUUUUGAAACAGUGAUUUUUUCUAGUAAAAUAUAAAUAACUAAAAAUGUGAAUUUCAGCCCAUGGAGUUGAAAAGCUGAUGUUGAAAAUUUAUUGUAGAAUUUUUGAAACAGUAAACUUUUUGAACAGAAAAAACUUCAAAUGAACAAAAUAAAUUGGUCAAUUUGAUCAGAAAUCUAAUCUUGAAAACCAAUAAUACAAAUUUGAAACAGUCAUUUUUUGCAGACUCCGAUUUUCUGUCCGAUCCUCCAUGCAACAAAUCCAUUAAAAUCUUCGAAGCAACUGGAUUUUUCGGAGAUCAAAUUAGAAAUUCCGCAUUUCUCUCGCAUUGUUCAAAAGAAGUUCAGGAGUAUUGUGGAAUUACGAGACGAAAACCUGAUUUUGAAAAAGCUGAUGCUGUUGUAUUUCAUGCCAGAGAUUAUAAUCACGCGGUAGAUUUUCUAGAAUUUGUGGAAUUUUCAGAUCCACAGAAUUCAUAUUGUUAAUAAUUCCAGAAAUCUCGAUGGCUUUUUGAAAAUCAAAAUCGGAAUGCCAAAAUUCCCUAUAUAAUUUGGACCAUGGAAUCUCCGAUUUCUGAACAAAAUUUUCCGAAUUCUAUGAACUUGACAAUGUCUUAUGAUACUGCCUCAGAUAUAUAUUUUCCUUAUGGACAUUUUCGUCGAAAAAAUCAGAAAACUGCUGAAAAUUUGGAGGAAAUUUGGAAAAUGAAGAGGAAAUCGGCUGAAAGUGGAGCUGAAAUUGCAUGGAUGGUUUCGAAUUGUGAAACAGUGAAUCGGAGAAUGGAAAUUGUACAGAAAUUGAGGAAAUUGGGUUUGAAGGUUGGUUUGGGAUAAUUAGGGAAUAUUUGUACUGAGUUCAAUGAAGUAAUUAUCAUUUUUUUGGGUUGACAAAUAUGUUUACAUAAAUUUUGAAACGUAAAAAUUUAGGUUUGAAAUCAUUGACAUUUUGAAACAUUUUUUGAGAAAAAAUUCAUUUCUUUUGGAAUUUUUCACCGUUUCAAACUUUUAUUAUUAAGUUUUGGAAAAAUUAUUUAUACACAAAUUUUGAAACAGCAAAAAAUGUCCAUGUGGAAAACUUUUUACGAAAAAUCCAUUAUCAUUUUUCUCGAAAAUACUUGAAAAGGCUUAUCAGAAAUUAGGAAAGCUAUAUUUUCAAAACGUUUUGAAACAGUAAAGUAAUCCUUUCUUUAAUUUUCAGAUCGACAUUUUCGGAAAAUGCGGAAUUCUCCCAAAGCAAUGUUCAAUAUCCGAAGCCACUUCAAAAUGUGAAUUCGAUCUAAUUUCCCCCUACAAGUUCUAUAUUUCGAUCGAAAAUUCGAAUUGCAAAGAUUAUAUCACUGAAAAAUUCUGGAGAAAUAUCAAAAAUCGAUUUGUGGUUCCAAUUGUUUUGGGCAAACAAUUAUAUUUAGAUUCUGGAAUUCCAGAAAAAUCAUUUAUUGCUUUGGAUGAUUUUGAGAAUCUUGAAAUAUUCAAAAAUUUCAUAGAGAAUUUAGCUGAAAAUAAAACAAGGUAUCUGGAAUUUCAUGAAUGGAGAAAUGAAUUUGAGUAAGUCUCAAAUAUUUUUAAAAAAUAAAGAUAAAAUUUUCUUCCAGGAUCGAUGAUGUUCUUGGAGAAGGAAGUAAUGACCAUGGAUUUUGCAAAUUAUGUCGGAAUUUGAAAUCGAAAAAAUAUUCAACAAAUUUGAAAUCUUAUUCAAAUUUAGUUGGAAGUUGGCAUAAAUUAGAAGACUGUGAUAAUAAAUUAGGAUCUCAAUUUUUGGACGGGUCAGCGAAUAUUUUUUAUUUCUCAAAUAAAUUAGGUUAA